AUGAAAGUCACCCCUGGCCCAGUCUUUGCACUCUGUAGCCUGCUGCUUCUGCUGCUGCUGCUACAGGUCCCUGAUAGCCUUGGCCUCGUCCCUCAGUCCAGAGGGCACCUCUGCAGGACACGACCCACGGACCUGGUGUUUGUCGUUGAUAGUUCUCGCAGCGUGAGACCCGUGGAGUUUGAGAAGGUGAAGGUGUUCCUGUCUCAGGUCAUCGAGUCACUGGACGUGGGACCCAAUGCCACGCGGGUGGGCUUGGUCAACUACGCCAGCACUGUCAAGCCUGAGUUCCCACUUCGGGCCCACGGCUCCAAGGCCUCGCUGUUGCAAGCUGUGCGCCGCAUCCAGCCACUGUCCACGGGUACCAUGACUGGCCUGGCCCUGCAAUUCGCCAUCACCAAGGCCUUGAGUGAUGCUGAGGGUGGACGUACCAGAUCUCCUGACAUCAGCAAGGUUGUCAUCGUGGUGACUGAUGGGAGACCCCAAGACAGCGUUCGGGACGUGUCUGCGCGCGCUCGGGCCAGCGGCAUCGAGCUGUUCGCUAUCGGUGUGGGUCGCGUGGACAAGGCCACGCUGCGACAGAUCGCCAGCGAGCCGCAGGACGAGCACGUGGAUUACGUGGAGAGCUACAAUGUCAUCGAGAAGCUGGCCAAGAAGUUCCAGGAGGCCUUCUGCGUAGUGUCAGACCUGUGUGCCACAGGGGACCACGAUUGUGAGCAGGUGUGCAUCAGUUCUCCAGGCUCCUACACCUGUGCCUGCCAUGAAGGCUUCACCCUGAACAGUGACGGCAAGACGUGCAACGUCUGCAGUGGUGGUGGUGGCUCAGCCACCGACCUGGUCUUCCUCAUUGAUGGAUCCAAGAGUGUGCGUCCUGAGAACUUUGAGCUGGUGAAGAAGUUCAUCAAUCAGAUUGUGGACACCCUGGACGUGUCGGACAGGCUGGCCCAGGUGGGGCUGGUUCAGUACUCAAGCUCUAUACGCCAGGAGUUCCCGCUUGGCCGCUUCCACACCAAGAAGGACAUCAAGGCGGCUGUGAGGAACAUGUCCUACAUGGAGAAGGGUACCAUGACUGGCGCUGCCCUGAAGUAUCUCAUAGACAAUUCCUUCACUGUGUCCAGCGGGGCAAGGCCUGGAGCCCAGAAGGUGGGCAUUGUCUUCACCGACGGCCGGAGCCAGGACUACAUUAAUGACGCUGCCAGGAAGGCCAAGGACCUUGGCUUUAAGAUGUUUGCGGUGGGCGUGGGCAAUGCUGUGGAGGAUGAGCUGAGGGAGAUUGCCUCUGAGCCCGUGGCAGACCACUACUUCUACACAGCUGACUUCAAGACCAUCAACCAGAUCGGCAAGAAGUUGCAGAAGAAAAUCUGUGUGGAGGAAGACCCAUGUGCUUGUGAGUCCAUAGUGAGAUUUGAGGCCAAGGUGGAGGAUCUGCUGCAGGCGCUGACCAGGAAGCUGGAAGCAGUGAGCAAGCGCCUGGCUGUCCUGGAGAACAGAAUCAUCUAA